AUUCUUCAUAAACCUCAAACUAAUGAACCGAACCCGAAAGCUUAGGUCUGCACUUCUUGUACUUCGUGUACGUACUAGUAUUUCGAGUAUUUUCGCCCUUGUUUAAGAGAUAGGAUUCCUUCUUUCCUCUGAAUGUUACGGCUUCAGACAAACAUUCCUCAUGUGCGACAAAAAUAUAACUGGGAUUGUGGACUAGCCUGUGUUCAAAUGGUCCUAAAAAGGCUUUUCCCCGAUUCGUUUAGCGAUGCGGAUUUCGAAGUUGUUUGCGAACAACAAGGAUUUGGUACAAGCGUUUGGACCAUCGAUAUUGCUAAUAUUUUGACUUAUUACAAGGCGGAUUACAUAUUUUAUACCGAAACUCUUGGAGUAGAUUUGGGAUAUCAGGACAAUCCUUUCUAUCAGGAUACAUUUGACAUGGACGAAGUUCGGGUUAAUCGUCUGUUUUCCAGUGCGACAGACCUUGAUAUCAAAGUUGAAAAAAGAACUAUUACUCUUGAUGAAAUUUGUGUGCAUCUGAACAAGGGAUGUGUCGCAAUUGUACUUAUUAACAAUUUGUCCCUUAAUUGCAACUGGUGUGGACGGUCUCUUAAUCAAUUGAGAUACUUAAUGCAUCGAUACUGUGGGAGUUGCAAUGAAUACGAUAGAUACAUGGGACAUUAUAUUGUCAUCUGUGGAUAUGACUUGGAAAAGAAAUGCUUCUAUUACAAGAAUCCAUCAUAUAAUAUUGAGCUUUGCUGUGUGUCCUUCAGAUCAUUUGAACAGGCUUGGCAUUGCUUUGGUACUGAUAGUGACAUAUUAUUUGUAAAUACCGAGAAUGCCACAGACCAUGAAGCUUAUGAGGAACACAAUGGCUAGCUGCAUGAUUAGUUGCAUAUGGAUACUAGAUGUGGUGCAACAUACUUUUUUCCAGUCAUACAAAAUCUUCUCUGGUUGUGAAUAUUUUCUUUAUUUUUACAUUCUUUUCUUAUCAUCAACCCCAUCAGUUGGUCAUAAUCAGCUCUUAGCUGUUGUUAAAAUUGCUUCUGCUACUCCCCUUAUAUUUUAGUUACCAGCUCAAUGAGUUCGAUAAUUUAUGGUAAGCGGAACAUUUUUUUAAAGAUUUGGAGUGGAAAUAUUUUCCUUUUCUAAGUUGUUACUGACCUAUGAAUACAAAAACAUUAAUUCUUGAAAACUUUGUAGUUUGCUUGGAAGAAGAGUAUUUAAACUUAGUUUCCUUGAUUCUAUAUGGAAACUGUUGCUGUGGUGAUUGGCUCACUAUUGUUUGAGUCACAACCAUGAAUUAUUAAGGUUGUAGCUGUUUAUACAGUAAGAUUAGUAAUGAAGUUAGACUGCUUUGCAUAAGUCAUAUUUCAUAGUGCAACUCAAUCUAGAUCUUGUUUCAAUAAUUAUUGUUGGAGCAUUCAAGGGCCCAACUCUACGUAGAGUACUGGUUGAUCAUGAUGUGCUUAACCAAGCCUAUUAUUGUUUCACACUUAUUUAGAUAUACACCUAUUCCAAAAAAACAUUGACUGGAGAUUUAAAAUCUGACAAUUUGCCAGUGCAGGUCAUCACUUUUCUUCAUAUUCUUCGUAGACUCAACUAGCUUUAUUAUAAAAUAUAAUCUAUUACAAGAGUUGAGUAACGACUAAAUAUUCCCAAAAGUACACUUUAGAUCAGGAAAUGAUAUGUAUGUUGGGCCUUAAACUCAUGGCAACCAUGUUAAUUUUCCUGAGAAUAAAACCUUUGUUCAACUUGCAUAUUUUUCUCUCAAGAACUUGAAUGCAAAGCUAUGCGUGGAGCAAUCAAUUGUUCAAGUCAACAUGACUGCCACAUAAGAACCAUUCCUGAAAGGUUAUAAAAUUUUAAAUAAUAUAUAAUUUUAAUACGUAUUAAUAAAUAUUUAUAUGAUGAUAUAUAUUAAUAGCUUACCAUAUUCAUAGAACAAAUGCAGCAAUGGCUGCAAUUUAGUCAUUUUCUUGUAAAAACUAUUUCAGGACAAAUAAAGAUCUUUAAAACUGUU